CACAGCAGCGUAUACGAUGCACACAAGAUUGUUUUCUCAAACUUGGCAACUGCUGGCCAAGAGCGUCAUAGCGUCACUUCGUUGUUGAUACCGUUUUAUCUUAGAGUGGAUUCCAAGUGACUCUUUUUGUUGGAUUUUGUGCAGUUUGCUUGUAGUGUGAUUUUGUGCACAGAGCUAAUGGUUCAGAAGUUGAUGUCUUAUUACACUUGUGAAGAAGUGAAACAGCUUCGUGAUGUCAGAGUUAAAUCAAAAUCUCACCCUUCUACACGAUGCAAUUUACCAAUCAACAAGAAUACACCCCUACUCUAUGCAAUUGUGCAAACCAUGGAAGACGGCAAUGUCAUCCACAGCCUUGUUUUGCCAGAGUGGAUUUCUGAUUGCGAGAAGUAUACUUUGUAUCCAAGGAUGACUCAACAAAAGUCCUCGCAACCAGUUUACUGGGAAAACACCAAAUUCAUGAACAACAGAAAUCCCAAGUCAGAUUGGCUCGAGUAUGAAUUGGUCAGUUAUCUCAAUCCACAUGAUUUAAAAUCCUUUGAAAAGAUCAACAAGAGGCUGAAACGUCUCACAUCUGGUCUUGCUACAACAUGGGAAGAAUCAGAGUCAGAAAAAAUGCUUGGUGUGGGCAAGCGAAAGAAAAUUCCAAGCUCAAAAUUGCAAGAUGCAGUAGCUUUGAUUGUUGAGAAACCGAGAAGAGGUAAUCCAAAAAAAGUGACAAAUACUACGACUGAGAAUGAAGGAAACAAUCAGCCAUCUUCCUCUAUCAAUUCGUCAAGCAGUUCGGCAUCAAGUAACAUUUCAACAUCAAGUAACAACGUUUCUUCCAACCGUUUGAAAAGGCGAAGACUUCAUUACAGUUCGGGAAGUGAAAAUAUACCUCUUGCAAAUUCUCAGUUUCAAAUAAUCCAACAACAACUGAAAAUAAUACAAGAUCAGCAAUCUGCCCUAACUGAAAUUUCGCAGAAAGUUGUGGCGCUCACAAAAGCCGUACAACAAUCUAAUGGAAAUAUUCCGGUGUUGGAAGAAGACCGUGCUCGUCAUGCAACUAUCGUUGAAAAAGAGUUUGAUUUUUUACCAAUAAAAGAUCCUGUUCAGCUCUGCAGUUUUGACGUGAUGGUCGGAGCUCGUGAGAAACAGUCAAUAAGUUUGAUAUUUCACUGGGCCGCGGCGUUUGAAAAAUCGAAAACCAUCAAUUCUUUUCUACGUAGCAUUUUCUCUCAACUGAUGGAGCCAGAGGUGGGAAACAUUGUUCAGUGGAAGACGAGACGAGUUGCUAAUGAACUCAUAACUGGCUUGAAGUGUAUGCCCAAUAUUCUAGCCAUUAUACUCGUAACUGCCAAUCUCUGGUCAAAGGCCAACAACAUCCCGAAACAAGACGUCCAGGAUUUCAUUGAUCACUGCAAGAAAACAAGACGCAUACACACACAGAGGCAACACCAAGCAGCCGGUUGUGUUAUCAGAAAGAACUAAUGCUCCUCGUCAAUUGAAAGAUGAUAUUCAAGUGUUACUGGGAAAAAAAGUGGCUCAUCUUGAAAAGUUGAUUGAAAAGUAUCUCAAGUAAUCGUUUAAACGAAGUUAGUAUAAUUAUUAUCGUGUUGUUCUCUAGUUUGAACGAUUACUUGUCAUUAUUUUCUAUCAGUUUUUCAAGAUAAGAAUUUGAUUUGUUUUUUUUUACACAGAAAAUUUCGUGUUUUCUUUAUAUUCUGUUUGUGUGUUGUUUUAUUCAAUUGAAUUGUUUCCAAACAUGGCAUCACGCAAUAAAAUGACUUACCAAUUAAAA